AUGAAAGGUCACGCUGACUGUCCCCACCAAAAAGUCCCAGAUAAGUACCAGGGACAGACAUCCACCAAUCAGCAGCCCAUUGCCAGGCAGACUGAUGGACGCGAAGGUGCCAAGACUCCGGCCAAUCAAGAAAAACCGACACGGGACAAAAGGCCAAUCAGCACCCUAGAGCCUGACUCCAAGCAUAUUCGAAAAGGUUCGGCAGCUUCCGUAUCCGCCAGGGUAUAUAGGUGCCGCCCCCCUUCCCGCAGGUUGCAGACUCCCUUUGUCUCUUCACUCACCCGCCCCCAGGAGUUCUGCCCGAGAGCGACCGCCCAAUAA